UUUCUCGACUCGCAAAAGGUCGAGCUCGCAAGUGAGUCGAGAAGAAGAGGACUUGGUUGAUAGAUGUUGGCGCUGUACAGUGUUCUCACGUACGGGUCCUUCUACAUAUCGCUCCACAGACACGACUCCCUCACAGAGUGGAUCAACGCAGAAUGGUCGGUGGGCAGCACAAGAGAGGCAACAGCUGAGGCAGAACCACCGUCUGGACCUACAUCUACUGCUGGUGUUUUGUGUGUGCCGUGUGUUUGGUGUUUGUGUGGCGCAGGACGCUGCUGGUGCUGCUGAACGUGCAGGUCAACACGUGCCUGCUGAUCUUCCAAAUCGCAAACAAACUCUUCCUCGGUACGCAGGACGCACAGCACACACAGGAGUGACUGAAUCUGCAUGAUAGCGGUGCUCUUGCCGUCAGGCGGCAUCCGGCCGUACGAGCGCAAGAAGAUCGUUGAGAAGUCCAUGAGCUACGUGGUGAGUGAGUGCGUCAGAGUGCGUCAGCUGGCCAUCAUACGGAUGACACCCACGACGGAUGGACCUUUGGUUUGCUGUUGGUCAGAUGUGGCGGGUUUUGUUCAUCGUCUACAUGACCAAUUUCUACCGGAAGGAGAUGCUCAUGUACCUCAUCUGGUGCACCGUGCCGGCGUUCCUGCGCAACUCGCUGGAACUCAUCAAAAGUAGGCGACAGCUCAUCGGACACUCAGCAGCCAGCCAUGAGCUGUCCAUCUCAUCUGUGUGUGUGUGUGUGUAUGUGCGUGUGUGCUGGCUGGCAGGUCGGUUAUUGAAUCCCCCCGAGCACGCCACCGAGAAGCCAUAUAGGCGGCUGGUGGCCCUGCUGGCCUACUGGCUGUGUGUGGUCACGUGUGCGGCCCUGUGGAUCAUGCUGUCGAGGGUGCUGCUCUUCGAUGUGGCCAUUCCACUACAGCUCUGCCUCAUCUACGAGGUGAGCAGCCACACACGCGGAUAUAAAGAGGCCAACGAUGUCAUGAUCUCAUUCUGCCUGCCUUGUUGUGUCCAUUCAGCCUGCCCUGGUGCUGCUGAGGUCGGCAUCGGUGGGCUUCCAGGUCGUAAUGCACUGCAUCGACACGCAGGCACAGCAGAACAAGUGAGUGUGGGAGGCGGGGAGGGGGGGAGGGAGGGAGGGAGGGGAAGCAGCCAUAAGUUUGCCGCGUCCCAAAUUGGUCGGCUUUAUGUGGACAUCAAUCGACUGACUGACCGCCGCACGACGCGAAGAGGGAGUGUUCGGGGGUCCAUCAAGAGGGCUGCUCUCACACACACGCGAUGGCAGCACCUAGAAGCUGACUCCUACACUCACAUAUAUACGCUGCAUCAUCGACAGUGCAUUGUCAUGUGCCAUUAAUUCAUUUGAUAUCGUCUGAUGUGUAAUGUGUGUUGUGUGUGUUGUGUGUGUCGUACGUGUGUGUGUCAGGUACACGUCGAUUUUCACGGUGAAGAUGGUGGUUGAGCUGCUGAUCAACGGCCUCAUGGCGGCCCACGACAUGUUCCUCUGGGCGGUCUUCGGCUCCUACUCAGCCAUGGAUAUAUUCAUCAUGUGUAAGUAACCACAGCCACCUGAGAGAGCCGUGCAGACUCACACAGAGAGAGAGCCCAAGCAGACAGAUCUUGGUAGGUACUUGCCUGGUGUGGCGUCUGGCGUGUAUGCUCGCUGCAGGCUCUCUGCGGAUAUCAAUCAUGGCGCUGAGGCGACAAGUCAGUCAGCUGCCACGCCACACAGCCAGGCAGAUGGACUCAGAGGCCGCUACAAAGGUUUGAAUGCCUUAUCACCUAUGUGUGUGUGUGUGUGAUGCAGUACAAGCGGCUGCGCAACUUUCGUGUGGUGAGCAGUCUGUUGGAGAAGAGCUUCCCACCGGCCACUGCGGACGAGAUCAAGAGCCCCAACGAAAUUUGCGUCAUCUGCAGAGACGUAGGCACUGCACUGCACACAACCGAGCGACAGACAGGACAGCCUGUAGGGCAGGGAACGUGUUGGCGCUUCCCUAUCUAUCUGCAGACCAUGAGCUCGGCGAGGAGGCUCCCGUGCGGCCACGUCUUUCACCUGUGAGUGAGAGGAGGACUCCUUCCCAGAAUGAACACACAGUGCCACCCAGGACUGGUCCAAUGGUCAACUUGUGCUGUGCUUGCUGGUGCUGUGGUUGUCUUGUCUUGUCUCAGGCACUGUCUGCGUCAGUGGCUGGAGAAUGAGAUCACAUGCCCAAUCUGCAGGGCCACCCUUCUGUCAGGCGAUGACGCAAGGUCAGACAGACAUGCACCAGAACAAACAGGGGAACAGCAGCCAGCAUCAAUCCAUCGGUUGCUGUCUGUCAAAUCAAUCAGGUUGCUGUCCGACCACACACGAGCUCGCCGUCACGCCCCAGCUGGCGUGCACGUGCCGCCCCCAGACCCGCUCUUCCCCAUGCCGCCGUUCGUCACACAGCAGCAGGGUGGCAACCAGGGUGGACAAACUAACAACAGGCCACCGGCGGCAGCGGCAGCACCACUGCCUAGAGGCAAGCUGACGAGAGGACGAGACAACGGAUCCACAGUCACAUGACAUACAUCAUUGCAAUGUCUUGUGCGUGCGUGUGCGUGUGCAGUCCGGUUGGCGGUGUCCGUGGGCCGCCCCAAUGGCGAGCGGGGCCUGCGGCUCUCGACAACCACAACUGUGCCGAUUGACGCGGGCCAAAGGGGCACCACACAGGAGGCCGCCAACGGUCAGACAACGAUGAAUGGCGGAGGGGACGGGCAGCCACCACAGCAGCAGCAGCAGCAGCAGGCGGCACCACAGCCGGCGCAGAGGCGGGUCAUCACACGGGCCAUUCAUUUUACCAUACCAGGUGCGGGCACAUCGAUGUAAGACAUGCAUCGCAUCGACGGCUGAGUCGUAUGCCAUGUGAUGUCUGUCUGUCUGUCUGUGUCCAUAAAUGUCAGCCCCCCAUCGUGUGGAGCGCUUCUUCACCCUGGUGUCCUUCCACGUCAUCCGACUCGUGGUAAGCAAGCAGCUGGCCAGCCAGGCCAGCCAACCAGCAAUUGUGUCGACAUAUGUGUGUAUGCCCUGCUCAGUUUUAUUUUGUGUACUACGUCUCCCGCCUCUUUUCGGCGGCCGCAAUCAACGAAGCCCCCCUGCUGCCGCCUGACCUCACCAACUUGAUCAACCAGCCACCGCCCACCGCCCCCACGACGCAGGACACGGGCCCAGCGGCACAGCAGCCAACACAGAACGGACACACCACCAACGGCCCUUCGACAGCCGAGCAGGAGACUCAGCCACUACACACAGACCAAGAGAGCAUCGCUGCUGCUGGUGUUGGUGCUGAUGGUUUGUCGCUAUUGGGUGGCGAGGCUGCCGGUGCUGCUGGUGCUGCUGGAGAUGAGGACUCAUCGCAGGUGCGGUCGCGUGUGGGCCUGGUGCCGCCCACCGGGGACAGGGGGGAGGAGGCAAUCGAUUGAGGGCCAGAGCCACCUAUCUAGCGUCUCAGUCAGCAAAAGGGCAGACAUACAGAGGACGGGACGGG